AUGCCUGAGAAUGAGUCCUUCAUAACAGAUUUCAUCCUUGUGGGGCUCUUCCCUAAGUUCCGGCAUUCCAUUAUCCUCAACUCCAUGGUCGUCUUUGUGUAUAUCCUUGCCUUCCUGGGAAACAUGCUUCUGAUUGUCCUGAUCUGGGGGGAUUCUCGACUUCAUACACCCAUGUACAUUCUCCUCAGUCAGCUUUCCCUCAUUGACUUGACGUUAACUUCCACGAUUAUUCCAAAGAUGGCUUUCAACUUUUUCACAGGAGAAAGGACCAUCUCGUGGACUGGCUGUGGAACACAGAGCUUCUUUUACCUGAUGUUGGGAAUGUCAGAGUGCCUCAUCUUGACCCUCAUGGCUUAUGAUCGCUAUGUAGCUGUCUGCAACCCACUCCGCUACCCCACCAUCAUGAAUGCGCGCAUCUGUCUGCAGAUGGUUGCUGGGUGUUGGGCUGCCGGCUCAUCAAGUUCCCUCAUUCACACUGUUUACCCCAUGCAUUUUCCUAUCUGUGGGUCCAGGGAGAUCCACCACUUCUUCUGUGAGGUUCCAGUGCUCAUCAAGCUCUCCUGUGAAGACACCUCGGUGUACCAGUCAGUGGUGGUGGUGACAAGCAUUGUGCUGCUCGUCGUCCCCUUCAGUCUCAUCACAGCUUCCUACACGCUUAUCUUCCUCACUGUCUUUAGCAUGAACUCAGUCAAGGGCAGGAGAAAAGUUCUGGCCACGUGCUCUUCACAUCUCACAGUGGUGAGCCUCUUCUUUAGUCCAAACAUCUUCAUCUACAUGACUUUCACUUCUUCUCACAGUCCGGAACAGGACCAAGCACUCUCUGUUUUUAGCAACAUCCUUACGCCCAUGCUGAACCCUCUCAUCUACAGCUUGAGGAACAAGGAGGUGGUAGCAGCUCUCAGGAAGCUGUCUGGGAGAUGUGUGGUGUUUCAGUAG